AAAACAAAAAAUCUUAUUAGCGGUUGCAAUAAGCUGAGAAGAGAGCAGCGGUUGCUUGGUACACGAUAGCAGAGGAUGGCUCGCCUCUCUUCAAACCCCAUCGGUUUCCAUAGAUUCCGACCCUUCAUACGAAUUCCUCAAACCCCGCAAUUCAUUGCAAAUCCUAACAUCAACACUCGCAAAUUCCAGACCUUGUUUUCCCAAACAAAUCCAAACCUCGACGAAAAUGAUACCUCAACUACGUCUCAGCAAGAAAAAUUGGUGGUUGAGCCUAGCACGGUCAAUGGUCAGACCAGUAAGGCAACAAGUUCACCCCCUCAAUUCCCAAGCAAAGAUAUCAACAAGAAAAUCGCAGUUGUUUCUACCUUAGCAGCUUUGGGACUUUUCUUAUCUACAAGAUUGGAUUUUGGUGUUUCUUUGAAGGAUCUCUCUUCCAUUGCAUUGCCUUACGAAGAGGCUCUCUCGAAUGGAAAGCCUACUGUAGUGGAGUUUUAUGCAGAUUGGUGUGAGGUAUGUCGAGAAUUAGCUCCUGAUGUCUACAAAGUAGAGCAGCAGUACAAGGAUCGAGUGAAUUUUGUAAUGUUGAAUGUUGAUAACACAAAAUGGGAGCAAGAGCUUGAUGAGUUUGGUGUGGAGGGUAUUCCACACUUUGCAUUCCUUGAUAAAGAAGGGAAUGAGGAGGGCAACGUAGUAGGUAGGCUUCCAAGUAAGUUCCUGCUUGAAAAUGUGGAUGCCCUUGCUCGUGGAGAAGCAUCUGUGCCUCAUGCUCGUGUUGUAGGCCAAUAUUCCAGUGCUGAAGCAAGGAAGGUGCAUCAAGUUGUUGAUCCAAGAAGUCAUGGUUAGAUGACAGCAUAAAGUGCCUUCUUUUACUAUUUUAUAGUAACUCGUUUGAUUUGUCUGUGAGAAACAUCUGAAGAGACAAACAACUCAUCUGCAAAAUUUCUAUGUUCUAUCUUCCUUAUGGUUGGACAUUCAUCUAGUUAUAGGUGCCAAUGUCUUCAGGUUCAGCUAUUUUAAAAUGACCUUUCAGAACAUAGCUGAAACUUUUGAUGUAUAUGCUGUUUCAAAACAUCAUCCGCUUAAUAGAAACAAUCUUUCUUUCUUUCUUU